CGUUACACAACACCGGAAACAGGAGGCUGGUGUUGCACAUAAUUCUGUCCCCCUUCUGUGUCGCCGGUUGAACAUGGCCACUGCGGUGUGUGCCAGAUUCCUCCUUCAGAGAUCAACACACGGGUUUCUCUUCUCCUCCAGGGCAGGACCCGCUUUCUCAAGCCCGUUGCUGUCUCGCGCACAUAGAUUGGGUCCCAGCGAUGAUGAAAUUUACCAGCGUACCUCGGUGUCAAUCAUGCAGAAGGAGUCGGGCAGCGGGAUCAUCAUCUACAGCUACAGCUCCAGAGGAUUCAACAUUGACGGAAACAAAGUGUUUGGGCCCUGUGCUGUGCUGCCUCCUGCUAUCCUGCAGUGGAAUGUUGGCAGUUAUAAAGAUAUCACAGAAGAAAGUGUCUCACUUUUCCACAUGCUUGAACCAAGAAUAGAGAUCCUUGUGCUUGGCACAGGUGCACGUGUGGAACGAAUUAACCCAUCAGUCCUCGCUCUACUCAAGCGUAAAGGCAUCGCUGUGGAGGUGCAAGACACGCCAAAUGCAUGUGCAACCUUCAACUUCCUGAUCAGCGAGCGAAGAGCGGCAGCCGCUGCUCUGAUCCCUCCGCCCGUCAGCACGGCACUAACAACGAGUCAGGAAUAAAUGUUGCUGUUGUGUCAACAGAAACCAGGACUGAUUUGUGCAGAUGGAGGUUAGCGGUUAAUGGACGAUCCCAAGGCCUGUGGGAUGGUUAUUCUUCUUCUGCACAAAGCUUCCAAAGGAGCAAACUCGGUGACUCAAUUUGGUUACAACUGUUAUUCUUUUGGAGAUGAAGGUGUUAAAAGCAGCCGCCGUCACCCUCUGAACAGUGAGCUGGCUCGGAGAGACUUUAACAAAGUUUAAAAAAAAAGCUUGUAUUGAAAAAAUGUGUUAUGUGUAUUAAAUAUAUAUAUUUAAAUGUAACAAACAAUAA